AUGGCGUUUUUGAAAUCUGUUAUGUUCCUUCUGCUUGUCAUGUGGUACUGCCUUGAGGUCAUCCUAAAAUCUGUUAUUCCACGCCGCCUCCGAGCUCGCAAGAACAUCGCCGGGGAAAUCGUCUUAAUCACGGGUGGGGGUAGCGGUAUGGGUCGCCUCUUAGCCGUAGAGGUAGCAAAGCUCCACGCAACGGUAGUCCUAUGGGACGUGAAUGAGUCCGGGAACGCAGAGACUGUAGAUGUGAUUAGGAACCUCGGAGGUCAAGCCUUAGCUUACACAGUAGAUGUAACGAAGUCUGAUGAGGUUUAUAAAGCAGCUGAGGUUGUGAGGCGUGAGGUUGGUGAGGUCACUGUGGUGGUUAACAAUGCUGGUGUGGUGGCGGGGAAACCUCUACUGGAAUGCCCAGAUCACCUCAUACGCAGGUCUAUGGACGUCAAUGUCAUGGCACAUUUUUGGGUUCAUAAGGCCUUCCUACCAAACAUGGUGGCCAGAAAUCGAGGCCAUCUCGUGACGAUCGCCAGCCUGGCCGGCUUUUUUUGCUUCAAGAACAUGACAGAAUACUGUGCGAGUAAGUUCGCCACUGUUGGCCUCCACGAGACGCUACGAAUGGAGCUGGCACAUAACGAUUUACACGGCAUUGACAUGACACUGGUAUGCCCUGCAUUCACGGACACUGGGAUGUUCAGGGGAGCCAAGUUUCUGGAGCCAAAGUACGUAGUCAGUAAGAUUCUAGAAGGGAUGCUACUGAGGGAGAAGAUGACGUGCAUUCCAGGCUCCGUCUUCUGGACUGUCCUUUUAAAAUACUUUAUUCCGGAGAAACUGUCGCUGCUGAUGCAGAGAGCCAGUGGGUUAGACCGAAGCAUGGACACUUUUGUCGGGCGACAAAAUGGCACGACACCACCAAGACGCUGA